AUGCUGAUCUGUUUAUACYUUGCUAYAGUGCURAUCAAAAGACCAACAGACUUGGCAUUUGCUGUUUCCGCYACCGGAGUCCAAGCAAGUCUYAUCUACAAACACAUGAUCGAYGCAAUCAAGAUUAUCAUAACMAAAUAYCGUCUAAACCGCAUUCGAUAYGGAUUCAUWGAGUUUGCAAAUCGACCAAACCCACAAAUUCAAUUUACUCACGACUUUGGCUCACUAGAAACCCUUCUUCGAUACAUCACAGUCAUCCCAUCCUCUACUGGACAGCCAAACAUUGAAAAAGCUUUGAUAUCAGCUGGGAAGAUGUUCUCAGAUCCUUUAAAAAGACGUGUUCUAGUUGUUAUGGUUGACAGGUCUACUGCAGAAAACAUGGAUGACAUCAUCCGAGCGGCCAAGGAACUGGAGAUGAGUGGKAUUAAGGUUAUUCCARUUGUUUUGGGGCCAACUGCAGACCGCGAUCAGUUGACUAARCUGACAUCUAACCCAAAUAAUGUCAUUGAUAAGCCAUUAGUUAAAGAUCCGAAGGAUACUGCAGAGAAGAUCAUGGAAAAAGUACUAAAAGAUCCAUGUAAAAAURUCCAGUGUCAAUUCCACGCUAAAUGCGUCACAAAAGCGGAUGACACAUACGCUUGUGAGUGUGACACAUCAUGUCCUAGUGAAGUGAGUUAUGUUUGUGGUAAAGAUGGCAACAUGUACAUGAACGAAUGCCAUYUAAGAAUGAAGUCUUGUAUGAACAAGAAAGAAAUCGGUGUCAAAAACAAAGGAAUAUGUGAAACAACGCUAGACCUUGGCUUUGCCAUUGGUGCAUCAGGAAUCAACUCAGAGCGGUACUUCUCCCUCAUGAAAGAAAUGGUUAACACAGUAGUCGAUAUGUACACAGUUUCACCACAGGAAACCCGYGUYGGUUUGGURGACUAUAACGAUCCUGUCUCUACUCCAGUCUUAUUUAGCCGCAAUUACAAUAAGCAGUCAUUUAAGGCCUUGGUGAAUUCCUUUUCGAAAGGAGCCAAAGGAUCACUAGCUGAAGGGCUGCGUAAGGCUCGUGAAGAACUGUUUUCAAAGAUGAAUGGAAAUCGACCUCUUGCCCAGGAUGUCUUAGUGGUCAUGACAGUGGGCGACUAUGAUGAAUCGUCUCCUGAAAUCAAAGAUGAAGUUCAGAAACUGCGUGAUAUGUCUGUGAAAGUUGUUCUCAUUGCUCUGGGACUUCCACCUCGGAAUAAGCUUGAUAAAAUAGCAUCUGGGGUCGAUUUGAUUGUUUCACCCCGACCAGACAAUGAAAACGAAAAGUCUAAGGAAAUCCCAUCACACAUUGCAAGAGAAUAUCGAAGCUGUGCAGAUGUACAAGCCGCUGGUUUCAAAGAAGAUGGGCACUAUCUUCUGCAGCUGAGUGACAGUUGUCGUGACUCAAUCCGAGUCUACUGUGACAACAUGUCCACAGGGAGUCCAAAGGAGUACAUCACCCUUCCCUCGGGACCACAAAACAACUAUGCAAUCAUUUAUGACAAGAGACUUCAAUUGCGUUACGACUGUGAUGGAGACGARACAGGSCAAGUUUAUGCUGAGAGUGGAACCACUAACUUCCAAAGAGUUCGUCUUCUGCUAAAGCCAUUGUCAAUUCAUGACAGUGACUUUAAAUUUUCCACUACUGCAUCUGGAAAGCAAAUUGCGUAUGGAACAGCUGGUGAUUGUUAUUCCGUGCAGUCUGACUGUAGAAAAGGCUCCUUCAAGAUCGAUCUAACUGGAACAGGACUACGAAUGAAGGACACUGUAAGUUGGAUUCACCAAGGAUUCCCCAAGAGACAAAGAAUACAAGACUUGAAUAAGACAUCUGAUGGUCUCAUUGCCUCUGCCAAGUGUGGAGGAUAUUGUGGACGCUGCAAGCCAAAGGAUGGAGUUAUUACGUUGGAACCAGUGUGCUUGUUACCUGCAGCUUGUCCAAUCCCUAUGGAUGUGGUGUUUGCUUUAGACAGUUCCGAACUAGUCUCAAAGGAGGACUUCCAGAAACAAAAAGAAUUUGCUAUUUUUAUAAUAAACACCUUCACAAUUUCUACAACACAUACCCGAGUCUCCGUCCUCCUACACAGUGCAAGUCGGCCUACCAAAGUCUUUGACCUUAACGAGCUCGUUGAUUUGAAAUCUCUCUCACGGCGUGUCGAUUUGAUUCAACAAGAUAGUUUCCCYGCAACAYCUACRCGAAUAACCAAAACCUUAAAGGAAGCAUCUAAAAUCCUUAAGGGGAGCAGUCGGGAAGGAGUUCCUAAGGUAGUCAUUAUUAUUGUUCAUGGCGAUAUAAGUGAAGAUAUAAAAACUACUGCAGACUCACUSAAAGCUGAUAAUAUCAAAGUAUUUKCCAUUGGUGUUGGUAAAGACUCUCCUGUGGGUGUACUGCAAAAGAUGUCAACUAGCCCACGUGAUGCAUAUAUGAUUGACACCUCUGAUGAGCUGUCAAGUCUGAGUGUAAAGCUGGCAAAGGAAACUUGUACAGACCCAUGCUUCGAAGCAAACUGCCAACACAACAGCAUCUGCAUCACUUCAUCAGAUGCAAAAGUAGCUUGUGUGUGUCCAGAUUUGAAAGACUGUCCAUCUGCAAAGUCUCCAGUGUGUGGAACAGACGGCAUUAACUACGACAAUGACUGCAAACUCAGAGCCUUAUCUUGUAAACAACGCAAAGAAGUUUCGGUGUCUAACCUCGGACCAUGCGAUGCUUGUGUGACGUUCGAAUGUGGUAAUCAUUCUCGAUGCGAAAUGGUUGACAACUCACCAAGGUGUGUGUGCAAGGACAUACGAGAGUGUUCAUCGGGUCUUAAUCCUGUCUGUGGCAGCGAUGGCAGUACAUACAUUAGCAGAUGUCACUUGGAAGUUGAAAAUUGUCAAAAAGGAACUGAAAUAAUGGCAAUUAGAGAAGGAAUGUGUGAUCCUUGUUUCAAUGUGGUAUGCGAAGACAACAAGCAAUGUGUGGUGCGCGGCGGAAAACCCAACUGCGCAUGUCAAUCAGAGCUCGAUUGCCCAUUAACUGUUGACACCGUAUGUGGCAGUGAUGACAAAUCGUAUAUCAACGAGUGUGUUAUGAAGGCUAGAGCUUGUAUGAAAGAUGCCAUGGUGACAGUGAAGCAGAGAGGUUAUUGUGGAGCAUGCAUUCUGAACAACCCAUGUAAGCAUAACGCACAGUGUGUGUCCAAGUACGAUGGUACCACUUCAUGUCGAUGUCGCAAAGAUAGUGAAUGCCCAUCACACAAAGAUGAAGAUGCAAUUUGUGCUAGUGACGGCAAGACAUAUGCUAGUACAUGCAUGAUG